CCCCAUAUAAAAGAAAGCAAAAUAUCUGGGAGUUUUAACCCUGGUUUCUGAAAUAGAAUCUGUGCUUCAUCAGUGUUACAAAAUACUGAAAACCAUAAAAGAUUCAAUUUCUAGUGAAACUUCCUUCCCAAUCUGAAGUUUCGUUCGAUUUUGCUCUCUGGGAGUGAUAAUGAGUAGUGCUUCUGAAGUGGGCGUGAAAUCCGGAAUGGAAGACAAACUUUGUGUGGAGAUUGAUCAGACAUUUAAGGAGAACAGCGCCACGAGCCAGGACUGGCGGCGGGCGCUGGAUAAGGUGGUUCCCGCAAUCGUCGUCCUUCGAAUAACAGCCUGCCGUGCAUUUGACACGGAGUCGGCUGGCGUAUCCUACGCAACUGGUUUCGUAGUUGACAAACGGCGGGGUAUCAUCCUGACCAACCGCCAUGUCGUGAAGCCAGGACCGGUGACAGCGGAAGCUCUGUUUGUGAACCGCGAAGAAAUUCCAGUGCAUCCAUUGUAUAGAGACCCUGUUCAUGACUUUGGCUUCUUUCGUUAUGACACUUCCUCUAUACAAUUUCUGAACUAUGAGGAGAUUCCUCUUGCUCCUGAGGCUGCUUGCGUGGGGCUUGAGAUUAGGGUUGUGGGCAACGAUAGUGGAGAAAAGGUUUCAAUUUUGGCUGGCACCCUUGCUCGUUUGGAUAGAGCUGCUCCAGUCUAUAAGAGGGAUGGCUACAAUGACUUCAAUACAUUCUAUAUUCAAGCAGCUUCUGGAACAAAAGGUGGUUCAAGUGGCUCCCCUGUAAUUGACUGGCAAGGUAGAGCAGUUGCUUUGAAUGCUGGGAGCAAGACAUCCAGUGCUUCUGCAUUUUUCUUACCUUUAGAACGGGUUGUCAGGGCCUUGAAAUUCUUGGGGAAAGGAAGAGAAUCUGUUGCAAAUAAAUUGGAGGCAGUCUCCAUUCCUCGUGGUACGCUCCAGGCUACAUUUCUCCACCAAGGAUUUGAUGAGAUGCGUCGGCUAGGCCUCAGAAGCGAAACAGAACAGAUAGUCCGUCAUGCUUCUCCACCCGGGGAAACCGGAAUGCUUGUUGUUGAUUCUGUGGUGCCAGGUGGGCCAGCCCACAAGCAUUUGGAGCCAGGUGAUGUGCUUGUCCGUUUGAACGGGGAGGUGACGACCCAAUUUCUGAAGAUGGAAAAUUUGCUCGAUGACAAUGUCAACCAUAAAGUUGAACUUCAGAUUGAAAGGGGAGGCAAAUUUUUGACUAUGGAUUUGACUGUUCAGGAUUUGCAUUCUAUCACUCCUGAUCACUUUCUUGAAGUUGGUGGUGCUGUGAUACACCCUCUUUCUUAUCAACAGGCCAGGAAUUUUCAUUUCCAAUGUGGUCUUGUAUAUGUUGCAGACCAAGGUUAUAUGCUAUUCAGAGCUGGAGUUCCACGUCAUGCAAUUAUUAAGAAGUUUGCUGGUGUAGACAUUACAAGACUUGAAGACUUCAUCACUGUGUUGUCUACGUUGUCCAGGGGUGUAAGAGUACCAUUGGAGUACAUAAGCUACAUGAAUCGUCACCUUAGAAAGUCUGUCCUUGUCACUGUUGAUCUCCAUGAAUGGUAUGCUCCUCCCCAGAUAUACACUCGCAAUGAUAGUUCUGGCUUGUGGGCUGUAAGCCCAGUUUUGACACUGGAAUCAAAACUUCUGUCACCAAACGUCAAUCAGAUUGAACAAGAUCUAGCUAGCAAUAGGGUUUCAUCUUGUAAUGCUGAUGUUACCCCAGUGGAACAAGCACCACAAUGUAUUUGCCAAGAACCAAUGAAUGGUGUUGCCAAUAUGAAAACUACCUGUGAACAAGUUGAUGAUGGAUCCCUUUCUCUGGAUAAAUCUGAUGCUGCAAUUGAAAAAGGGCAAGUGGACAAACAUUUGUCUGUUGGUGUUUCUUUAUUACCUGGCUUUCCGUCGCAUAAACUUAGGAAAGUAAGAUUGGAUGCCUCUGGAACAGAAAGUGAGACAGUUCUGAGAAAUAAUCAAGUCGCAGCAGCUGCAGCAGCUAAUGCUUCAGUUGCUGAGCGUGUAAUUGAGCCUGCCCUCGUGAUGUUUGAGGUUCAUGUGCCGUCAUCUUGUAUGCUUGAUGGUGUGCCCUCACAGCAUUUCUUUGGGACAGGUGUUAUCAUUUAUCAUUCUCAAACUAUGGGAUUGGUUGCGGUGAAUAAAAAUAUUGUAUUUGUAUCUGUAUCUGAUGUCUUGCUGUCUUUUGCGGCUUAUCCAAUUGAAGUUCCCGGCGAGGUUGUUUUUCUCCAUCCAUUACAUAAUUUUGCACUUGUUGCAUACAACCCUUCUGCACUUGGACCUGGUGCUUCUGUAGUUCGAGCUGCUGAACUUCUUCCUGAACCUGUCCUCUGUCGCGGAGAUUCUGUCUGUCUUGUGGGGUUGAGCAGCAAUCUACAGGCAAUUUCGAGGAAAUCCUUUGUCACCAAUCCUUCUGCUGCUCUCAACAUGGGCUCAGCCCACUUUCAAAGGCACAGAGGAACAAAUAUGGAAUUGAUUGAGCUUGAUGCUGUUCUUGGUACUACAUUUUCUGGUGUCCUGACAGAUGAUCUUGGAAGGGUUCGAGCCAUUUGGGGAAGCUUUGCAAUUCAGCUCAAAUUUGGAGGGAGUUCGGAGCUAGACCAACAAUUUAGUCGAGGUAUUCCAAUUUAUUCAGUAAGACAGAUCCUCGACAAAAUUGUAUCCGGUGCCGAUGGUCCUCCUCUCUGCAUAAAUGGAAUCAAAAUGCCUAUGCCGCUCAUAAGAAUACUAGAGGUUGAACUGUAUUCCACUUUGCUUGUGAAAGCUCGUAGUUUUGGCCUGACUGACACUUGGAUAAAGGCGCUGGUAAAAAAGGAUCCUAUUAGGCGUCAAGUGUUGACAGUUAAAGGCUGCUUGGCAGGAUCUAAAGCUGAAAACCUACUAGAACAAGGGGACAUGGUUUUGGCAAUCAAUAAAGUCCCAGUUACAUGCUUUCGUGACAUUGAAGAUGCUUGCCAAGAACUAGAUCGGUGUAAUGACAGCAACGGGAAGCUCACACUGACAAUAUUUCGUCAGGGUCGUGAAAUUGAUGUACUGGUUGGAACUGAUGUAAGGGAUGGUAACGGAUCGACACGUAUGAUAAAUUGGUGCGGUUGUGUAGUGCAGGAUCCUCAUCCAGCUGUGCGAGCUCUUGGAUUUCUUCCUAAAGAGGGACAUGGUGCAUACGCGACAAGGUGGUGUAGUGGGAGCCCAACACAGCGAUAUGGUUUAUAUGCCCUUCAGUGGAUUGUCGAAGUAAAUGGGAAACCAACUCCGAAUUUGGAUGCUCUUGUCGCUGUUACAAAGGAAAUAGAGCAUGGGGAGUUUGUUCGUGUGAGAACGAUUCACUUGAAUGGGAGGCCUCGAGUACUUACACUGAAGCAGGAUUUGCACUACUGGCCUACAUGGGAGCUGAGGUUUGACCCUGAAACUGCAAUGUGGCGUCGAAGGACAAUCAAAGCACUCGACCAUAGCACUGAGUGAUCGUGUCUUCCUGGAGAAGUAAUGAUUCGUAUCUUUGAAAACAUGAAUCGAAUUCAUGAACAGUUAGUUGCUGUCUUACAGGGAUUCCUUAGCUGCCAGCAUCGUCUAUAUGGAUUAGUAUUAGCAACGAACCAUUUGUUAUAAACGGCUUUUGGAGAACAUCAAUAGGGCUCUAGAUUUAAAUUACAUUUGAACUGUAGAACAACGGAGGGCCUGCCCAUUGUCUUAACACAACCACUGAAGUUCUAGCAUAGAUUGCUACCAAUACAUGAAUGACUUUGAUUACUAUUAAAUCAAUCAAAGCUAAUUGUUAGAGAUCA